AACUUGGUUGUAAUCAAAUGCAAGUUGUACAUCGCUUGAGAGUCACUGGUAUCUGUGCAACAUACAUUCUUCAGGGCUGAAUUAUAUGGAGUGAUAGGCGACUAUGACCCGGCCGGUCCGUCUGUGGGUAGCCCUUGGCUUGCUCCUUUCUCCUGUACUGUGUGCGACAAAGAAGUUCUUGCACCAUCUAGAACCUGAAGAACUAUAUGGAUACUUCGGUGCAACAUCUGUCCUAGAAUCCAAUGUGGUGGACCUGGCUGAGCUGACCUGCUCCUGUGAGUCCCCUGAGUUGCCACCCCUAUGUUUAGCUUUGCGUUGCAUCCUUCAGGGGACAGAGGGGACAUUUGUCUUCAGGUUCCCUGUUGGUUCCGGACCCAUCAUUACGGAACGUGUUGUCAACACAUCUCUGCAAAGGCUCAAACAUUUCCCAGAGGGCUGCGGGGUUCCGGGUUUCAUUCUAUAUCCAGACGAAACCAAAGCAGUGAUCAGCUACUGUGAAGGAGAACUUCGUGGAUUCAUCGUCUCUGAUGGACACUUGCUCUCCAUACAACCGUUGAAGAAGAGGCAUGAGCAAGACCACAAAUCCCGAAGUUCUCAUAUUAUCUCCAGAGUAGGGAAAUCACCCCCUGCCAGUGGUGGACCAAGGCCUGCCCCUUUGCCCAACCGAAUUAGCAAACGAGCAGUUGGUGGUGUGAAGCAUUUGGAGCUCCUAGUGGUAGUGGGUCAUGACGUCUACCAGUUCCACCAAGAGGACACUGAGCGAUACGUCCUGACCAACCUUAACAUUGGGGUUGAGUUGCUGAGAGAUGUCUCACUUGGAACCGCAUUCCGUGUCCAUCUUGUGAAGCUAAUUAUCCUGACCGAACCGGAGGCAGAUAUCCAAAUUACCACCAACCUCACCUCCUCGUUGAUCAGCCUUUGCAAAUGGAGCCACAAGGUGAACCCUCCAGAUGACUCCGACCCUCAACAUGCAGACCUUGUUCUCUAUGUGACCAGAUUUGAUCUUGAAUUACCAGAUGGCAACAAACAGGUGCGAGGAGUCACCCAGCUGGGCGGGGCCUGCUCGUCUGUUUGGAGUUGCGUCAUUACUGAGGACACCGGCUUUGAUCUGGGAGUCACCAUGGCACAUGAGAUUGGACACAGUUUUGGAAUCAACCACGACGGAACGGGGAACAGCUGCAGCAAAAGUGGGAACAUCAUGGCAUCGGAGGGGUACCACAAUAACGUCCACCUCACCUGGUCUGAAUGCAGCCGGGAACAGUUCCUCAGAUUCCUCAGCAGCGGCAUGGCAAGCUGUGUUGAUGACUUGCCAGCAAUGGACAGUAGUAUUCCCGGCUGGAAGCCCGGUCUGUAUUAUGGAGCAGAUGAGCAGUGUCAGAUUGCCUUCGGCAGCUCUGCCCUGGCAUGCACUUUCUCCAGAAAUGACCUGGAUUCCUGCAGUGUCCUCUCAUGCCACAUAAACCAACACGAUCGUACGAGUUGCAACAGACUUCUGGUCCCCCUUCUAGAUGGCACAGAGUGUGGGGAGAACAAGUGGUGCCACAAGGGCCGUUGCAGUUCACUCGAAGAGCUGAAUCCGGUUUCCGUAGUGCACGGAGGAUGGUCCAGUUGGGGGUCUUUCUCCUCAUGUUCCCGCAGCUGUGGUGGGGGAGUCGUGAUGAGGAAAAGGCAGUGUAACAACCCUAGACCUGCAUUUGGUGGACGCGCCUGUGAGGGAUCCAAUCUACAGGCUGAAAUGUGUAACACUCAGGUCUGUAGCAGCACCCAGAUCGGUUUCAUGAAUGAGCAAUGUUCUGAUACAGACACCAAACCUCUCUAUCUCAGCCCAGGAAUUCCAAGUUUUUACAAGUGGACCUCAGCCGUUGGCUUUGUCGAUGGGAAAGCGCUGUGUCAAUACAUGUGUCGAGCCCAGGGGAAGAGUUUCAUCGUAGCACGAGGGAAGAGUUUUUUGGAUGGGACCCGGUGUGAGACAAAUAAGGAGGCCAAUGCUAAGUUGGGUCUCUGUGUAGCUGGCAGUUGCAGGGUCUUUGGCUGUGAUGGAGUGAUGGGAUCUGGGAUGGUGAAGGAUCAAUGUGGUGUGUGUGGAGGAGAUAACAGCACGUGCAAUAGAAUCCAUGGCUCUUUCUCUGAAGGGAAAGCCGGAGAGUAUGUCUCCUUCUUGACUCUUCCACCAGGCUCCACAUCUUUAAAAGUGACAAAUCAAAAGCCCGUUUUUACGCAUUUGGGGAUUAAGGUGAACGAUGAGUACUUGGUAGCGGGAAAGGGAAGUAUUUCUCUCAAUGUAACCUACCCAUCAGUCCUAGAGGACCAGACAAUAGAAUACCGGUUGUUUCUGAAUGCAGACAAGCUUCCACAUCUGGAGCAAAUCCAUAUAGAGGGUCCCACCACAAAAGAACUUGAGAUACAGGUUUACAGGAAAUAUGGCCAGGAAUAUGGAGAUGCUACAAACCCCGACAUCAUUUAUAGUUACCAUAUACCCAAGAAGGACAUAGAAUAUAAAUGGUUCCCUGUGCCAGGACCCUGUUCAGCAAGCUGUGAUGGGGGUUUUCACUUGGUGUCUUACGAAUGUUCCGAACAUGAUCUGAACCAGUUGGUCCAAUCCAGCCUCUGCAAUGAUUCUGCACGCCCGUCUUCAUUCCAUGAACCAUGUGGCAUAGAUCCAUGUCCUCCUAGGUGGGAUGUGAAGGAAAGUUCCCCAUGCACAGUGUCCUGUGGUGGUGGGGUGGUUCUAAGAACUCUACAUUGUGUUCAAAUGCAACAAGGCAUUGAGACCAUUCUAUUUGAUGCCUACUGCGACCACUCAACCCGUCCAGAAGCCUUUGUUGCCUGUGGCUUAGAACCCUGUCCUGCCAGAUGGGAAGCGUCGGAGGCUGGUCUCUGCCCGGUGGUGUGUGGCUCAGGUCUGGCUUUGAGAAAUGUCUCCUGUGUUCAGUCUCAUGCUGGAUUGGAAGUUGCGGUGGAAGAAUCAAACUGUUUAGGUCAAGAAAAGCCAACGACUCAGGUGGAAUGCGUAGUCAGUGUGUGUCCUGUCGGCUGGGACAUGCAGAUGGACUCUUCAUUGAGGUUGAGUGAACGUUCCUCUCGUGAAGAAACUGCUGAGAAACAUACAGAAGUCUACGUGUGGAGCCCACGGGUCGGACCAUGCUCAGUGAGCUGUGGAACAGGAAUAUCUGAGCUUAGCUACAUCUGUGUGGAUUUCUACACCAAGACUGAAACCGCGGAGGAGAACUGCAACCAAACUCUGAAGCCAGAACCACGGCCAAACGUCUGCAACCUUGGAACGUGCCCACCGCUGUGGGAAGUGAAGGAGCUCGGUCCAUGUCCCGUGACCUGUGGAGGAGCAACGAUUCCACUCGCUGUGAUCUGUGUUAGGAGAGAUGGAAAUAUCUCCUAUUCCCUUCCUCACUCCAAGUGCAGCCGAAUCCCUCGUCCCCGUGCCAGCAAACCUUGUGGGAUGGAACCCUGCCCAGUCCGGUGGCGCUAUAAAACAGGAUCUUGCAGUGUGAGCUGCGGCGGGGGCAUCUUGCAGAGAGUCCUCUACUGCUCCAGGUAUCCCCAAAAAGGAGAGAGUGAGGAGCAGAUUGUAUCCGAUCUAGAAUGCCAACACUUGCCUCAUCCAGAAGGACAGGAACCCUGCAACCAGCAGCUUUGCCCACCCAGGUGGAAGGUAGCAGAGGCAACUCCAUGCUCAGCAGCCUGUGGAUAUGGCAUCUCCAAGCAGAGAGUAGUGUGUGUGCAGACAGUAGAAGGGGCAGAGAAGGAGAUGGACCUGGACUCUUGUGUCCUUCAAGAGAAGCCACCAUCUCUCAUCCCUUGCAUUGUCAAUAACUGCUUCUACUCAUGGGAAGUCAGCGCCUGGACUCAGUGCUCGGUCACCUGUGGGAACGGUAUCCAAAGCCGUCAAGAUGUUUGCACCAACCUAAAAACCCGACAGCCGGUGAGCCCCACCUUCUGUGGGAAUGCCCCCAAACCCAUCACUAUUCGCGGAUGCUCAGCCCAGACAUGUAGGCCUGAAACGACCACUCCGCAGGCUGCCUUGGCAAGUACAGCUCUGGUCACCCAGCUGCCGCCCAGCGACGCCAUCUUGAGGCCACAGUGGAGAUCUGCUGUAACCCCUCGGGAACACAACCUUGAGUACAAUCGACGUAGAGAACCAGGCAAAGCUGAGGAAGAAGAUGGUAGUACCAGUAUCUGCGGGCAGCUGUUCCUCAACGCUACAGGAGUGCUGAGUACCACGGGGCUCAAUGAGAGAGACUGUAUGUUCACCAUUGGGCGCCCCCUGGGGGAGGUGAUUAUAGUCCGAGUGUUGUCCAGCACUCUCAACUGCACAGCCGGGGAGCUGCUGCUGUUCUUCGGGCGGGUCAUGUGGCGCAAGACGUGCGCUCGCCUCUCGGGGGUGACCCUGCUGUCUCGGUCGAACACUCUCUCUGUGAGACAGCGCCAGGCUAUAGACGGCAAUGGGGUGGUACUGGAGUACUGGAGCAAACCGGCCGCCCAAAACUACUCCCAAGCAUGCGAUAUCCAGCUUUAUGGAAUGGGGGGAGAAAUCCGGAAUCCCGUGCAGCCCUGGAUGGAGGGGGGAUCCCCAGCUUGUAGAGUCUUCAUUGACGUGGCCCCCCAGUAUUACAUUGCUAUUCAUGCUUUGUACAUGGACCUGGAACCCAUGAGCAACCAUACGCACCCAAGUUCUAUUCUGAUUCGGGACAUGAAAUCGCUCAAAUCCACGGGAUUCCAUGGGAACCACUUGUUCUACUGGGAGUCGGCGGGGAGUCGGGCGGAAAUAGAAUUUCAUGGCGAUUUCUCUAAGGACCGAGUCAGUUUCCGGGCGCAGUACUGGGCGCGGGCACCGAGGCUACAGGGCAGGGGGCGCCCCCCGGUGGAAUGACGCCCGAUACACCAUCGCCACGGGAACCUAUAUAGUCACUGUAAUCGCUCAUUAUCUGUUUGUUUCUAAAGGGAAAGCUUAAAUAUAUUAUUUAUAUAUGCG